GCAGCAUCUUUUUUUUUGCUAAGCAUGUAGACUCAUAAUUUGAGCACACCUUUUCCUCAGGGUAUGAUCUGUUGAUAAUGUCUGUGCUGCUUUGACGGGGCGAAAACAUUGCAAUAAAUUAAAACAAAAUCGGCGAAUGUUGUGACAAAAAAAAAACAAGAGGAAGAGAGGGUAGAUGUAGGCUACAGGAGGAUGCCUGCUGCCGCCGGGUCUACAAUAACCCUAUCAUCAUCUUAUGCAAACACAUCCACAUCUGGCCGGGCUGUUUUGCUUCCGCAUUAGAGGAAUCCCAAAGUCAGUGUCUCUAGCCUGUUCAUUGUGGCCACAACAGAUGGGACCUCGCUCGCUUGUCCGCCUCACAAACACGCAAAUACUCACGUUUUUUUUUGUGUUGUUGCUAUCGGAUGUGAGCGGAAUUUAAAGGCAAGCCAGGCUGGUUAUAAUAUCCCACGUCUGUCCUUGGACGGCUUCUAGAUGUUUCCAUCUUCAUUGAACAUCCUUCCCUCUCCAGUCCUUCCUAUGAAGGUCCACCAUUUAACUGUUCCCCAUGGAACGGUUUGAUCUCCUCACAGAACCACACAGAAGACACAUUAGAUCAUAUUUAGUACAAAGAUACAAUUUAUUAGACGUAAAUGUGCAAGCAAAAGUGUCUUUCACACUUUGAUAUCUCGUCAGUGACUCGUAGGAAACACAAAGUCCCCCGUCGGCCGCGGAUGUUCUCCCAUCGUCCGUCCCUGCCGACCACAGCGAGGGCCUGAGGGAAGAUGCUCCCGGAGUCGGCUCGCGGCGGAGACCCCAAGACAGACAGGCAGUGGAAGCCCCAGCGUUAGGGAGCCUUAGAAGAUACAUCUGACCCCCCCACAGGUUCCACCACACACAUCAGGCUCCUCUCCACCCCGACAGGGACCCCUUCAGAGGGAUAAAGACAGUCAACCCCCCCCCCCCCCCUCAUUGACCAUGGCCGCCGUGACGAGCCCGGUGGACCCCGGCGUCGAGGUGAACCACGCUGGGGACUUCGGGGCGACCCUGGAGGACCUCCGGGACCUCAUGGAGCUGCGGGGGCCCGAGGCCCUGCAGAAGAUCCAGGAGAUGUACACGGACACAGAGAGCCUCUGCCGCCGCCUGAAGACCUCCCCUACGGACGGUCUCUCGGACAACGUGGCGGACCUAGAGAAGCGCACCGCGGUGUUCGGCCAGAACUUCAUCCCCCCAAAGAAGCCCAAGACCUUCCUGCAGCUGGUGUGGGAGGCCCUUCAGGACGUCACCCUCAUCAUCCUGGAGAUCGCCGCCAUCAUCUCUCUGGGCCUCUCCUUCUACCAGGCCCCCGGCGAGGAGACUGAGGCGUGCGGGAACAUGGCGGCGGGAGGUGAGGACGAGGGCGAGGCGGAGGCGGGCUGGAUCGAGGGCGCGGCCAUCCUGCUGUCGGUAGUGUGCGUUGUCCUGGUGACGGCCUUCAACGACUGGUCCAAGGAGAAGCAGUUCCGCGGGCUGCAGAGUCGCAUCGAGCUGGAGCAGCGCUUCGCCGUGGUCCGCAACGGCACCGUCAUCCAGAUCCCCGUGGCCGACAUCGUGGUGGGGGACGUGGCCCAGGUCAAGUACGGUGACCUCCUGCCGGCCGACGGUAUUCUGAUCCAGGGUAACGACAUGAAGCUGGACGAGAGCUCCCUGACCGGCGAGUCCGACCACGUCAGCAAGUCUGCCGACAAGGACCCCAUGUUGUUGUCCGGCACCCACGUGAUGGAGGGCUCGGGGAAGAUGCUGGUGACGGCGGUGGGGGUCAACUCCCAGACGGGUAUCAUCUUCACCCUGCUGGGGGCUGGGGACCCCGAAGAGGACCGCAAGGACAAGAAAGAGUCUAACCCCCCCCCACGGGCCCCCGAUGCGGAGGCAGAGCCCUGCCACGCCACUAAUGGGAAACCAGACAGCACACUGGAGACCAAUCAAACCAAAGCCAAGAAGCAGGAUGAGGCGGUUGCCAUGGAGAUGCAGCCGCUGAAGAGUGCCGAGGGAGGGGAGGUGGAGGAGAAGGAGAAGAAGAAGAGCAGCGUGCCCAAGAAGGAGAAGUCGGUGCUGCAGGGCAAGCUGACUAAAAUGGCGGUGGAAAUCGGGAAGGCAGGUCUGUUCAUGUCGGCCACCACCGUCAUCAUCCUGGUGGUUCUGUUCGUGAUCGAGACCUUCGUGAUCCAGGGCCAUGUCUGGAUGGCAGAGUGCACGCCUGUUUACGUCCAGUACUUCGUCAAGUUCUUCAUCAUCGGAGUGACCGUGCUGGUGGUCGCUGUUCCCGAAGGUUUACCGCUGGCUGUAACAAUCUCCCUGGCUUACUCAGUCAAGAAAAUGAUGAAGGACAACAACCUGGUACGGCACCUGGACGCCUGCGAGACCAUGGGCAACGCCACGGCCAUCUGCUCGGACAAGACGGGCACGCUGACCACCAACCGCAUGACGGCCGUGCAGCUCUACGUCUGCGACCACCACUUCCCCACCAUCCCCGAGCCAGAGCAGGUCCACGCCAAGGCACUGGAGCUGCUGGUGGCCUCCAUCUCCGUCAACAGCGCCUACACCUCCAAGAUCAUGCCCCCGGAUCAGGAGGGGGGGCUGCCCAAGCAGGUGGGCAACAAGACGGAGUGUGCCCUGCUGGGGCUGGUGCUCAGCCUGAAGCGCGACUACGUCCCCAUCCGGGAGCAGAUCCCCGAGGAGAAGCUCUACAAGGUGUUCACCUUCAACUCCGUCCGCAAGUCCAUGAGCACGGUGGUGCAGCUUCCCGACCGCUCCUUCCGCCUGUACAGCAAGGGCGCCUCCGAGAUCCUGCUUAAGAAGUGCUCCACAAUCAUGGACGCCGCCGGGGAGCUGAGGAACUUCAAGCGCGCCGACCGGGAUAAGAUGGUGAAGAAGGUGAUCGAGCCGAUGGCGUGCGAGGGCCUGCGGACCAUCUGCGUGGCGUUCCGCGACCUCCCCGCGACCCCCGAGCCCGACUGGGAGGACGAGGCCGACAUCCUGACCAACCUGUCCUGCAUCGGUGUGGUCGGCAUCGAGGACCCCGUCCGCCCCGAGGUCCCGGAUGCCAUCAAGAUGUGCCAGCGCGCUGGGAUCACCGUGCGCAUGGUUACCGGCGACAACAUCAACACGGCGCGCGCCAUCGCCGGCAAGUGCGGCAUCAUCCAACCGGGUGACGACUUCCUGUGCAUGGAGGGCAAGGACUUCAACCGGCGAAUCAGGAACGAGAAGGGCGAGAUCGAGCAGGAGCGCAUCGACAAGAUCUGGCCCAAACUGCGGGUCCUGGCACGUUCCUCGCCCUCCGACAAAUACAUCCUGGUGAAAGGUAUCAUAGAGAGCACGGCGCUGGAGCAGCGGCAGGUGGUGGCCGUGACCGGGGACGGCACCAACGACGGGCCCGCCCUGAAGAAGGCCGACGUGGGCUUCGCCAUGGGCAUCGCUGGCACCGACGUGGCAAAGGAGGCCUCUGACAUCAUCCUGACAGACGACAACUUCUCCAGCAUCGUGAAGGCGGUGAUGUGGGGCAGGAACGUCUACGACAGCAUCUCCAAGUUCCUGCAGUUCCAGCUCACCGUCAACAUCGUGGCCGUCAUCGUGGCCUUCUGCGGGGCCUGCAUCACCCAGGACUCCCCGCUGAAGGCGGUGCAGAUGCUGUGGGUCAACCUCAUCAUGGACACCUUCGCCUCGCUGGCCCUGGCCACGGAGCCGCCCACAGAGUCCCUGCUGCUGAGGAAGCCCUACGGACGUAACAACCCCCUGAUCUCCAGAACCAUGCUGAAGAACAUCCUGGGUCACAGCGCCUACCAGCUGGUCAUCAUCUUCACCCUGCUGUUCGCAGGCGAGAAGAUCUUCAACAUCGACAGUGGCCGCAACGCCCCGCUGCACUCGGCCCCGUCCGAGCACUACACAGUCAUCUUCAACACCUUCGUGCUCAUGCAGCUCUUCAACGAGAUCAACGCCCGCAAGAUCCACGGAGAGAGGAACGUGUUCGACGGCAUCUUCGCCAACCCCAUCUUCUGCUCCAUCGUCCUGGGCACCUUCGUGGUGCAGAUCGUGAUCGUUCAGUUUGGAGGGAAACCGUUCAGCUGUGCCCCGCUCAACGUGGAGCAGUGGUUCUGGUGCCUCUUCAUCGGGCUGGGGGAACUCCUGUGGGGACAGGUGGUGACCUCUGUACCAACCAGCCACUUCAAAUGCCUGAAGGAGGCGGGACCCGGCACGGGCGCCGACCACAACGAGGACGAGGACAUGGCGGACGACGAGGACGAGAUCGACCACGCAGAGCGGGAGCUGAGGCGCGGACAGAUCCUGUGGUUCAGGGGCCUCAACCGCAUCCAGACCCAGAUGGAGGUAGUGAGCAACUUCAAGCGGAGCGGCUCCUUCCAGGGUGCCAUGCGUCGCCGUUCCUCCGUGCUCAGCCAGCUCCAUGACAUGCGAGUGGUGAAAGCGUUCCGCAGCUCGCAGUAUAAUGACGUCAGGAAGCCCCAAUCCAGGAACUCGAUCCACGACUUCAUGCAACCCCCCGAAUGUCUCCCCAACGAAUCGGACCGCAGCAUUCACUCGAUCGACGAGACGGACGAAGACUCGGCCAGCUCUUCCAGCAGAAACCCCGUCGGCUCCUCCCCCGCCCCCGUCGGCUCCUCCCCCGACCCCGUCGGCUCCUCCCCCGACCCCGCGCUCACCCCGACCUCGCCCCGGCCCAAGCCUCCCCCCCGCCCCCGCCGCAGCUCUCGGCCCAACACCCGCCAGCAGAGCCUGCCCGCCGUCCUCAACUGCAACAACAACAACGGCAGCGCCGAGGCCGCGGCCGCCACCCGCCACGCCCCCAACGCCGCCCGCCCCCGCCCCCCCAGCGCUGAGACGUGGUUGUAACUCCAGCGCUGAACCCGGGCUCAAAACGGCGUUCACCGCGACCCCCUCCCCCGCUCCCAGUCUGCGGUGGGACGUGAACCAGACAAUGGUGGGAGAAAAAUGCGGGGGAGGGGGGAAGGAGGGUGAGGGGAGGGCAUUACUCCGAGUGUUACUCUGAAGGACUUUAGUACGACGGAUAAUCAAUGGAUCUGCUUUAAUGUUGCCCCCCCUCCCCCCUCCAUCCAUACUGUCUGCUUCAGAACACCUUCAUACCCUGCCAAAAAAAAGGAUGCGUAAUUGGAUAACAAUAAGUCCUGUCCUAACCGCUAUGUUGACACUUUAAACUAUAUAUCUAAGCAUGCAAUAGACGAGGGUUGGAUGUGAGUGAAGAAUGAAGUGGAACUAAUAAGGUUGGCACGGAGACAGAAAGACUUACCCAGGAAUCUUCACGAGAUUCCAUUAUUCUGCUUUUUAAAAAGUAUAACUGUUCCAAUUAUUAACAUUAUUACUACUGCGAUGAAUAUGUUUAAUACCAUAAUUAUUAUAAUCCAGCUAACAAUGCUUCAUGUGUGUAUGUGUGUGCGUGUAUGUAGGUAUGUAUGAAUAUAUAUGUCUGUCUAUUCACUUAAGAGCUGUAUUUGUCUAUAUAUACAUAUAUAUAUUUAUUUAUUUAUUUGAUUUUAUAUACUCCUUCUGGUCAUGUCCCUGUUUCCCAUUUAUGUGUCUACGUGUAUUGUGUCUGAAAAAAAAAAAAAGGAAUACUUACAUAAUCAAGAUGAAAUUAUUAACACGUAUGGCAACUCCGAGGUGAAAUAUUAGCAGAAUAGUACAUAUAUUAUACACAACGCCGAGCAAUGAAAAAACAUUUGCUGAUAAUUUGAAUUUUCAUGUAGAUAUAUCUACCCUAGAAUACAGAAAUUCGUUUGGACACUAAGUGGUGGAAAUAACCGAAGUGAGUAUUCAGAUCAUUAAAAAUGUGUGUAAAGAUUAAAGAAUUUAUUUAAAUAAUUUUUA